AACUGAAGCUGUGGAUGAGAGAGAGGAGAGGCUUUUGGUGACAAGUCGAUCAGCUGUGCUCGCUCUCGGAGGCCUGGGAGAAGUCGGUCUUUAAAGCGUGGUGUUGCUGCUGGGCUCUGAGGCGUGGAGGGUGGGUUACUGGGGGUGGAAGAAGGCGGGUGUUUAUUAUUUUUAAUGUCAUAAGGAGGAGAAGCGGUGAGUGAGUGUUACAGAAAAACAUCAAAGCUGAACUGUAGUUUUUGGACAUUUCUUGACUUUUUCGCUGUUAUUGUCGCAGCCGGGGGGUCCUUGGGGGGGUUGCAGCCUCGCUCUCUCUCGCUGGAGUCAGUGUGGCGGGCAGGGACAGUCCAGGCGCUCAUAUACAAAGCCAGCACGUUUCACUGUGUCUGCAGCAGCUGAGCGGUGCUGAGCACCACCACCAGCAGCAGCAGCAGAAGCAGAUCUGAGAGGAUUUGGGAGCACAGUUGGAGGAUCGACGACGCAUCGAUGAUGAAGCUCACCUGCUGUUUGCAGGUUGCUGGUCUGAGGUUGGAGGGUGCCGAGUGAGCGGAGGUGUUGCCGAAGCGCUGUCCGAGGUGCUGAAAAGCCCGCGGACAGAGCGCCGUUGUCGCCUUUCCAGUCGAGAUGACACGCACGAACUGACGUGAAUGCCAAGCAGCACAACGCGGCGGUUAACACGGCUCCCCUGGCCAGAGUGCAUGGGACCGCGCGUCCUCUUGGCGUUAGAAACAUGGAGAGAAUUUUCCUGCUCGUCCUGAGCUCUCUCGGCGUCUCUCUGGUCACAGCGGAUAGCUUGUCGCCUCCCGUCAAUGUGACCAUCAGAGAGGUAAAAGCAAACUCUGCUGUGGUGUCAUGGGACAUCCCCGAGGGAGACCCAGUCAUUGGCUUUGCCAUCACACAGCAGAAGAAAGACGUGCGCAUGCUGCGAUUCAUCCAGGAAGUCAACACCACCACGCGAUCCUGUGCAUUAUGGGACUUGGAGGAAGAGACAGACUACAUUGUGCAUGUCCAGUCCAUCUCCAUGUCUGGGACGAGCCCACUGAGCGAACCGCUGCGCUUCCGGACGCCGAAGGAGGCCGAGACUCAGGCCUCUAAGAGUGAAGACGAAGUAACAAUGGAGGAAGUGGGACAGACGACCCAGCUGCGGGCUGGGGAGCUCAUCAUCAUCGUGGUGGUACUCAUCAUGUGGGCAGGUGUGAUCGCCCUCUUCUGUCGCCAGUAUGACAUAAUCAAAGACAACGAGCCGAACAACAACAAGGACAAAGCCAAAAACUCCUCAGAGUGCAGCACUCCCGAGCAUCCGACGGGGGGGCUGUUGCGCAGUAAGUUCCCCAAGAACAACAACAACAACAAUAGGAUGCCAUCUGUCAACAUCAUUGAGGUGUGACUGCCAGGACGUCUUCUCUUUACCUAAAAGACUUUGUGUUCUCACAAACAAGCAGGCCCCUUUUAAGCCCAUCUGCUUGUCAGGAUGACGCUGGGACUCUGGGCCCCUCGGCAGCGCCUUCUCUCCUUCGGGCCUGGCGCCAGAGCGAGGCUGCAGGACUCUGGGUGUCGAGCAUGCUCCCUCCGCCUGCGCCGGUGUGAAAAGCAGCGGCUGCUCCGUGCUCAGUGACUACUGCACUGUGGGGCGGCAGCGAUUAGAGCCGAAUGGCUCUGGUGUUGGAGAGACUGCAGAUAAACAGGCCCCAGGGACCAAAGCUGAUAAACAGAGCCAGAGACCUUUUCAUUCUCUCUGUCACCUUCUUCUCAGCGUCUUGCGGUGUGUUAUCAGUGACCGCAAAACCUGGGCAUUUCCCUUUUCUGGGUUGAAAUCGUCUCCUCUGCUUUAAUCUUUUAUAUCCACGCAUAACUUCAUCAUUACAUGUUGCAUUCUGUACUCUUAAAUGGGCUGUUAGGGUGUAGUUGUUUAAAUUUUUACAAGGUGCCACCAGUACAGUUUUGUUGUUCUGGUAUUUUUGUUUCAUUGAUCCUCUCUCGGGCAGAAGCUCUUUGCAAUCUUGUGGAUUCACUUGGUUUUUUUCCCGCCCCCUCAGGGAAUCCAGACUCUACCACCUGGCUAAUUAAUGAGAUGUUUCUAAAAUGUGUUGUGACAACGCCAGAGCAGCUUUUGAGAGGGCUGCUACCAAAGCUGAAUCACCAGGACUCGAUCAACAAGAUAAAAACACUUAAAAGGAACCUCUGAUCUGAACAAAUAUUCACAAUAGAGUUCAUGAGAAGCCAGGUUUCAUCCUACUUCUUGUCCCUCAUGCUUUUAUUCUGAAAUGUUACAUUCCAUGUCCAGAAUGAGCCCUUUAGUAUUCCCUCGUGUCUUUCUCUCUGAGGGGGAUGAAUCUCAAAGCAUUCUGGAGAGGAGCAGAACUGCCAUAAUGGAGUGCAUUCAUCUAAUUAACGAACUCUAAAAGGGGCUGGACUCUCGGAAGAAGUGGUCUUUCCUCUUCAGAGACACACAGGAGAUCUCUUAUAUCAGCAAUAACAGCCCUCAGAGGAAGUGCAGAAUCGAGGACUCAAACGCCGCAGCCUCUUUGAAUAAAAUCCCGACCUCUCAGCAUGUUGUAAUGUUCAGGCAGACAAAUGAACUGCACGUCCAGUUUGGAGGAAAUUAACUCCGAGCCCCAAACGUCCUUAAGCGCUGUUGUAAAAACUUUGGUUUCCAGUGGUUAGCAUGGGAUUUUAAAAAUAAACUAAAAAAAAAAAUCUUUUUUUUGUUAAAUGGGGCCCAACUUGCAACCCUACGAUUUCUUUGUCACCAGACAGAAGGGCUUCUAUUCAGACUUUUUCACCAGUUUAAAGUCAACAUCUGUGCUGAAACAUAAUGGUAUAUGGCACAUCUGGGAGCAAAAUGACGCAUUCGAGGGCUGAUUCAAACUCAGUAGUACUGCCUUAAAAAUAAAUCACACCAUAUGAUUUAUCUAAUAAGAUGGAAGCCCCUGUAUCUCACACCGUGAUAUUUAUCUUCCACCCAGUAUUUAAAUGUGUGUGCAAAGAAAAAGGGAAACAUUACAGAUCGAUGCCGUGUUGUCUGAAAAGCUGGAAGAGGUGGCUGGCCUUUAAUGUGUAAAUACAUUUAAAAUUCCACUCUUGUUUGGUAGCAUCAGUCUGAAGAGCUUUUAAUGAAAUAUGACAAGACUAAAUGGAAGAUAUAUAGUCUCGUAUUGUAAGAGGGUACCGCUACUGCUAGUGAAUUUUUUUUGUUUAGACACGGCUGUUAAAGUCCUGUUAUUGAAUACGUUUUUCAUGGCACUCCUCUACCGUUAUGUGCUUCUAUUAUGUCAUUAUGCUGUUUAUGUGCAUUAAAAAGAAGAGUGUUUUCGAUGAGGGACAAAGCCCUGGAUAUUUCACAUAAUCACCCAGGCGUGGUGUUCGAGGGCCAUUCAAGCUGCUGGGAAUCCGUAUCGACGGGCAGCUUCUCAUUCUGUGAUGCACCGACUCGUCUUUUACUGCGAACGCAACAGGUCCCGGCUCCUCAGCCUUGAAUGCAGUGGAAAAGGGAGGCAGUUAAGAGAAAAAGCAAUGAACAGAAUGAGUAGACUGAUAACUAAUGCAAUGGCAGGUUUCUAUCACUCACGAGCAGCGAGCCCUGCUAUUUGCUGCACACCAUUUCCCCGGUCUCCUUUCCCAAUUUCUUCCUCUUCACCGCAACUGUCACAUGAAGGUUUAAAAUGUGAGUCUGUCUAAUGUAAAGGUCUCUCCUGACUAACACUUCUGUCUAGCCAGGACAAACUUUGGGAAAUUUUCUGUGAAGUGAUCACCACUUUACUUAAAACACUUCACUUUACUCAGCUGAAGGCUGAAUCCGUUUUAUCCCCCCGGAACAUUUUCCCCGGUGGCAGACUCUCCGAUCAAUCCGUCCACACAGUGAAGGAUAAUGACGAGAAUCGUCUCCAAUGAUAUCUUUGAACAUCCAACAACAUAUUUAUCACCUGCAUUCCCCGAAACAGUGAAAGUCCUUUGCUCCUCUUUGGCAUCGAGUCAGCUAGCAACGUAUGAAGUUCAUUUUAAAAGUUGUGAUGAUGGUACGCGUGUUGACACUGUAAAUACUGUAUUCCUUAUUAAAGAUUUAAAUGUAGGGCUAUCGUGGCAGGUUGUCAAACUUUACCAAUAAAUAGUUUGACAUUUUGGGAAUUUGCAGUUACACGAGAAGAUCGACACUUCUCUUAGCAGCUGGUUAAAUUACAGCCAACACAUUCUCAAAGUAAGGCAUCGAAUGCCAGCACGUUGCUAUCCUGGGGAAGAAAAUAAUCCUGUUUUGUCAGAUGCUACAAGGUGCUGUUACCUUAAUGCACCAGCCACAGCCACCACAACACAACAGUCCAGUUUUAAAGACCCACAAAGUGAACAUUAGGAAGUUGGAAGUUUGGGUCGUCUGCUGUUCCCGUUGGGAGCUUUCUGUUUAACUCUUCAGUCGCUCUUCAGCUGUGUAAUGAAAGCUGGAGCUUCUUGGGUUAGAGUUCGCACUGGGUCACUCCACUUCACUUCACUUUCCUGUCUAAUGUUUGAUCCGCAGCUGUCCCAAAGUGAAUGCAAAACCAAGGGGUCCUAUGCUAGUGUCCAAAUUUCAUGAUUACAAUUAAUUUCCGUCUCACUAACCUCAUAAGUCCCAAAGAACAACUGUGUGCAUCUGUGAGAAACCAGCAGUUUUAACAAAACAGCAGUAUUUGCCCCCUGGGAAUGAGAAUGGGUUGCUGGCUCGAGCAACAGUACAAACGUGGAAGCGCAGUCAGUCUCUUCAUCUAACUAAUGGCUGAGAAAGCCAUCAAGUGGAUGUCUGAAAGUGCCAACCCUUUCCCUUAAGGGUUGCAGCUUCAGCAGCUGAGCACUAGGUGAGCUCUCCAACUUAAUACAUGAAAAUUAUUUAUUUGGUUUUACACACAAGUGUUUGACCAUGUUUAACAGCUACACAGCGGCAUAACAUGUCUAAUUAAGUGGAAGGCAUCUGGGUAUCUAAUUAGAGUCCACUCAUUACAGACAGUGGACAGUGCAGUUCGCUCAGCCCAUCGCUGCUGCUACUGAAAAACUGAUUACUGGGAUUUAAGUUGGCUGAAGGCAACACCCAGCUGCUACCACUCUGACUGGAACAGGUUAAGCAAACGGUGGCCAGAUGAAAAAUCUUUCCUUAAUCGCACUCGACAACCGGUGACGACAGCACGAACUCAACAUUCCACGUGAGCCCUGUGGCGUCAAACCACUCAUUAAAAAAGGCCCGAAACCUUUUCGCCUGCUACCGUUUGUGCUAAAUCAAUGCCUGAGGGGGG